AUGAAGAAGGCUGGGGCUGGGGGGAGAGGGCGGCUUCUGCACAGCCCGGGCGUGCGGCACGUGCAAGGCGUGUACAGCCGUCGGGGGUGGGGUGUGUGGAGGCGUGCAAAGGCAGCAGGGAGCCCCUCCUCACGCUCCCUCCCCGGCCCCGAGCUUUCAGGAGGGGAGGGGCCGGCCGAUGCGCUCCGAGACCCUGGACCGGCCCCGCGACGCCAGUUCCCACGGCCGCCCCGUCCAACAAACCUUCCCUUCCGGGCGCAGCGGGGUCAGCGCCGCCCCGUCGGAGGAGCCAUAAGAGGCAGGCGCGUGGCCGGCGGAACGGGCUGCACGUCUCCGCUGCCGGGAGAGGAAGAGGAGGAGAGCCGGAGCAAGUCCCGGAUCUGUGCCCCCCAUCACCAUGCAGUGGGUGGUGAAGAUAUACCUCCUGGGCCUGGUACUCUCGUUGCUGUCUCUGCUCUUCGGGCUGAUGGGCUUCCUGGGAGACCUGAUGCCCCUCCAGGGGCUGGACCCCUGCCUCCCCGGCCGGUGGGUGAAAUCAGAGGGCGGCAGCCUUGCGGACGGAGUCCCCCCAGGCCUCUCGGGGGACGACAAGCUCAGGACAAGCAAAGUGACUGGCUCCUACACAUGAGACGAGGGGCUUCGCUGACGGCAAACCAAAGUGCCACGGAUUAUGUGGGUUUGUUUUUUUUAGGGAUGGGGUUUACGUAGAUGGGGCUGGGUUUGUAUGCGCCUUUGCCAACCUGCCCUGGCGAAAGAGGGGGCUGGCAGCAGAAGCCCAGCUGGCCUGGGGGAGGAAGAUGCCCCCACUUGGGAGAGCUUCUGUACCCUGUUAAUUGGGAGACUUAUGGGGCAGGUGUUGGAACCCCUGUGGAUCAAUAUGGAGACCCUUAGCCCCACAGCAAGCCCAGACU